AUGAUGGGGGGCAGUGAGGCAGAUUUGUGCAGCGUUGCCCUGAGAUACAGGAUGUCGUAAUAAGGCAAUUGGAAGAGAGAGAGAGAGAGUGGAAAAAGAGAGAGAGAGAGAAACUAAGCAAAAUGGAAAUAGGGGAGGAGUUUGAAGCCUCGAGGAGAAAAACACGAGUUUUCCUGUCUGUGUCACAAGCCGACACCCCUCCGCCCGAGCAGAGAGUGGGACGCUCCGCCUCGCUCCGGGCUCUGUUGUUGUGCAGAGCUGCAUGCACUGGGCCUGACUGAGCCGAGCCUGACAGGAAGAGGAGCGACACCUCAAGACAGAGACAUGCUGCACACCGAGAGCCGGGAAGCUGUGUCAUCAUCCGGUCCGACCAGCACCACCGCGGAGGAGAGAGGCCAGGCCAAGGCGGCGGAGAGGACGGGCAGCAUCAGUGGAAGCAGGAGAAAGUGACGGGGAGAAAGAGCGGCAAGCUCCAAACACGCACAAGAGGACGCAGACCCAGACAAAACCGGGCUCCAUCUCUUCUUCCUCCUCCUUAAAGCAAGAGGAUCUAGAUAAGGACGACGACGAAGAGGAGGCGGAGAAGGAGAGGAGGCAGUAACCCUCUCCUCUCCUGCACGCAGACACACACAGCAGAGACAGAGGCAGAGAGGAGGACAGCAGAAAAAGGAAAGAAAACCCCAGAAAGGACAGGGAAGGGAGCGCGGCUUUGUGCUCUUCGUUCCGCCGUCUCCUGUGGUCGCUCGGCCGGAGAGCGGCGAACAGGCACCGCUCAUGUCCGUGAACUCGGAGAAAUCCUCGUCCCCUGAAAGGCCUGAAACCCAGCAGAAAGCCCCGGUUAGUACCCCGCCCCCUCCCCCGCCACCUCCUCCACCUCCACCUGAGCUGGCAGGGCCGACAGAGCCGGAGGAAGAGAUCCUGGGCUCUGAUGAUGAGGAGCAGGAGGACCCAGCAGACUACUGUAAAGGAGGAUACCAUCCGGUGAAGAUCGGGGAUUUAUUCAACGGAAGGUACCAUGUGAUCAGGAAGUUGGGAUGGGGCCACUUCUCCACAGUAUGGCUGUGCUGGGACAUACAAGUGAAGAACUUUGUGGCGAUGAAGGUGGUGAAGAGCGCCCAGCACUACACAGAAACGGCCCUGGAUGAGAUCAAAUUGUUGCGUUGUGUGAGAGAGAGCGACCCUGGCGACCCGAACAAAGACAUGGUGGUGCAGCUGAUAGACGACUUCAAGAUCUCUGGCGUCAACGGCAUACAUGUGUGUAUGGUGUUUGAGGUCCUGGGUCAUCACCUGCUGAAAUGGAUCAUUAAAUCCAACUACCAAGGUCUGCCGCUGCCGUGUGUCAAGAGCAUUAUCAGACAGGUCCUGCAGGGUUUGGACUACCUCCACACGAAGUGUAAAAUCAUCCACACCGACAUCAAACCUGAGAACAUCCUGAUGUGUGUGGACGACGUGUUCGUGAGGCGCAUGGCCAUGGAGGCCACCGAGUGGCAGAGAACCGGAGCGCCACCCCCAUCUGGAUCAGCUGUUAGCACAGCGCCCCAGCUCAAACCGGUGAGUACGUCUGAUGUGGGAAAAAUCUCCAAGAACAAGAAGAAGAAGCUGAAGAAGAAACAGAAACGGCAGGCCGAGCUGCUGGAGAGGCGGAUGUUGGAGAUCGAGGCCUUGGAGCGAGAGGCCGAGAUCAGGGAGGAGAGAGCCAAAGAGAGCGGCGACAAAGGAGACGCUGAACGCAGCCCGUCUUUGCCGCAGCAGCAGCCUCUGGCACCUCUGGGACCCAGCAUGGCUCUGGGAGAGAGCGACGACGACGACGAUGACGAGGAGGAUGGGGAGGAUGAAGAGGAGGAGGGAGGAGAAAGAGAGAGACCCGUCAGGUUGACGAAUCAUACAUGCGCAGCGCCUCCCCAGGAGCAAAGCGAAACGCCACAAAUCCCUGCUAAUAACCAACAAGAGGAGGGGGAGGAAGAGGAAGAGGAAGAAGAGCCCACGCCUGUCGCUGAAAAAGAGGCCCCCAUACCCCCCGCCUCAGAAGAAGGUAAUGGAGAGUCAGGACAAGCAGAUGGGGAGGGAGAGGACGAGGAGGAAGAGGACGACGAGGAGGAGGAGCCACUGAAAGUGACAGAAAAUGAGAAUGUGAAGGAAGAGGAGGAGCAGGAGACGGAGGAAAAGGAAGAAGAACAAGCAGAGGAGAAGCAAGAGGAGGAUGGAGACAUCGGAACAGAGGCACCAAAGACUGAGAGUAAAGCCGAGGAGGAGGCGGCUGUGGACGAGGAGGAGUCAAAGGAGCAGGAGGGGGAGGAGUAUGAGGAGAUAGACGAAGAAGACGACGAUGAUGACACGACGACGACAACAACGGCGGACCUUUUCACAGACAGCACCUCUCCGGUUAAACCGCAGACCACUAAAACCAUUUCAGCUAAAACUAACGGGCACGUCCUGUCGGUCUCUGAGUCGCUGAGACAAAACCCCGGCACGCCGCCCACUCCCUCGCCCACGCCCGAGCCCGUCCUCUGCCCCCUGGUGGAGUCCGAGCUCAGCUACACGGACCGGGACAUCUCGCUCAGCUCCGGGUACGAGAUGUACAACGGCGAAGUGGCCGAACCGGCGCUGACCAACGGCUCCAGCGAGCGGCACCGCGCCGCCGUGCCCGUCUUCCCCGACCUGCCUCUGGACCCCGAGCCAGAAAACCCGGUUCCCGUGGGAACGGUGGACAUUGGGACAGAACCCGCAACAAAUAGCCCCACCGCGGACCGCAGUCGCACCGUUUCAUCGUCAAGCACAGGAGACACGCCGAAAGUCAGGGCCAGAGCUGCAGACCUCCUGAUCAACCCGCUGGACCCCCGCAACGCCGACUCCAUCAGAGUUAAAAUCGCUGACCUCGGAAACGCCUGCUGGGUGCACAAGCACUUCACAGAAGACAUCCAGACGAGACAGUACCGCUCCAUUGAGGUCUUGAUAGGAGCCGGAUACGGUACGCCGGCGGACAUCUGGAGCACCGCCUGCAUGGCGUUUGAGCUGGCCACAGGAGAUUAUCUGUUUGAGCCUCACUCUGGAGAGGACUACUCCCGGGACGAGGACCACAUAGCCCACAUCAUAGAGCUGCUGGGCUGCAUUCCGAGGCACUUUGCGCUCUCUGGAAAGUAUUCCCGGGAGUUCUUCAACAGAAGAGACCACAUCGCUCUGAUCACGGAGCUCCUCGGGAAGGUCCCGCGCAAAGUGGUAGCUGCUGGGAAGUUCAGCCGAGAGUUUUUCUCCAAGAAAGGCGAGCUGCGGCACAUCACCAAGCUGAAGCCAUGGUCUCUGUUCGACGUGCUGGUCGAGAAGUACGGCUGGUCGCACGAAGACGCCGGCCACUUCACGCAGUUCCUGCUGCCCAUGCUGGAGAUGGUGCCUGAGAAGAGGGCCUCGGCCGGGGAAUGCCUAAACCACCCGUGGCUCAGCUCAUAGCCGGUCACAUCCCAUCGUCUUUCCCCUUCCACCUCCCCCACACCCCCAACUGUGAGCCCAAACAUCAACCUCUGUUGGCAGCAAGUGGAACCGUCGUGUAAAGAGACGCUUCCCUUCAUAACCAGGCUUUACUCCUACAUGGGGAAUGUGAAAACAAGCUACUGGCAAUUUCUACAACAAAAAGAAACCGUAGGAUCAGAGGAUGGGUUUCAUCGACGAGAACAAAAAUGUUGCUGCCUCUUCCGGCAUCAAGACGCCAGCUUCUUCUUCAUCUGUCUUCUUCUUCUUAGUUUAAACUGUUGAAAGCUGUUGAUCUCCACAGUAAGUAGAGUCUAUAAGAACCGUUGUUGCACUGCUGACAGAUGGCCCAGAGCUCCAUCUUCCAUGAACAACUGGAGCCCAUACGUGUGGGUGUGUGUUAAUUUGUGAGGGAAUGAACGUUUGUGCCUAUGCCCCCAUAUAUAACCACCUUAAAGGAGUACCAACAUCAGACUUUACAGUUUACAGCGUGCUUUCUUCCAUGGAUCCAGUCCUAGAAGAAAGUAAGAAAAGCUAAUCUCACCCAACAUGGCUUUUUAACAUCCUUUACGGUCCUGAACUGGAACUGCAAGGGGAAGAACAGAGGACAUCACACUGAUGCAGAAAAGGUUCAUAAUCAAAACAAUCAGUAUUAACCUGGAGAAGAGUCUGCUUGGGGUGAAAGGAUUUUAUUUUGAAAUGUCUGGAGAGACUGCUGAGUGGGCAGCAAGGAAUAUGACAAGCCGAUGAUGGUCUCUGGUUUCAGUUCAUCUUUAGGAAAUAUCGGUGACCUUUAGGAAAUAUCGGUGGCCUCUUCCACCUUCCUAUUAAGGAUCAACACCUUUCACUCCGAGGUUUUUGACAUUCUCUUCUGACUUCAUUCCUAGGAACAAUUUUUCUUGAAUCCUUAUGUGGCACGUUUACUAGAUCUGAUUGGUACUACCCCAACCAACCCACCCACCCGUCUUUUUGCCCUCUGGAGGAACCCCGACUAUCCCUGAGCCUCUCCAGGAAGGGGGCUGUAACGUGGAAGGUUGCACUUGUCUUUGUAAAUGUCUUUCAGGGAUUUGAAACCUUUGUACAUAGAACUAGAUUUCGCAACGCAAAUAAGCGACUGUGGACAAAUUUGUGGACAAAAAUCCCAAGUAUCAUUCCAAAAAAAAAAAAGAAAAGAAAAUGAAAAAAAAAAAAAAAAAACUGGUUGAUGUUGGCAGCACUUGACUUCCCCUUUCGGAGAAACAGGAACGGAAUAUUCUGCCUCCGACUAAAACUCUGCGGAAUGCUCAAACUGACUCGUGCUGCCACCUGGUGGCAGAAUGGGAGUACUGCAAUGCUAGUCUCAGUGCCAACACUCUGAGAAGUUUCACCAUCUCUGUCUACUUAAUCACACAAACACACACAAAUCUUGAAUCAUCACAAUUAAUCCAGUUGCCUAUUUUUCGCAAUAAAUAAAAAAAAAAGAUGAUUAUAAUUAAAUGGUGAGAUAUUUUUAAAAACUAUUUAAUUCAUUAAAAUAUGGGGGGGGGAACCAAACAACUUCUCUCUGGUUGUUGUGACCGUAACAGAAAAUUGUCUUAUACUGAGGUGAUUGUGUUUGUCUAUUAGAGAUGUUUUUAUUUGUUUUGUCAUUAUUAUUAAUAUUAUUCUUGAACUUUUUUUUAAAAGAAAAAAUAAAACACCUCUCCCCUCCCGUUUUACUUGAACAGUGCUGCCCUCUAUGGGCCGUUGAUGGUGAUGAAAAAAACUGUUUUUGCAAUAAAGGGUAUGUGAUGAGAUUUUUUUUUUUUUCCCCAUUCUCCAAUUCUUUGCACCGAAUCUUCUCGAUCUUCAUCACUCAGCCAUGCUGACUGUUCUUCCUGAUGACAUCGACAGAAUUGAGUUUUGUCUGUUUUUCAUUGACAGAUUUAAUAAAUUGUAGAUUAAUGGA